AUGGGUCACAUAGUGAUGCUGCCAUUCUUGGCAUGGGGACACUUCAAACCCUUCGUCACCUUCGCCAACCUGAUCAUCCACCACCACCCAUCCCACACCAUCACCAUCGCCACCACCCCUCUCAACCUCCCCAAGCUCCGCUCCAUCCUCCCUCCUUCUACCCCCAUCCGCCUGGCUGCCCUUCCCUUCGACCCCUCCUCCCACGGCCUUCCUCCCGACGGCGACUGCACCGACUUCCUCCCUCCCCCCCUCAUCGUCCGUCUCUGCUACGCCUCACGCGCCCUUCGCCCCGCCCUCGAAAGACACCUCCGCGACCUCCCCGUCGCGGAUCAACCGCCGUGCCUCAUUGCUGACAUCCUAUUUGGCUGGACGGUGGACGUUGCUUCCAUUACUGGCGCUUUUCAUGCAUUCUUUGCGACCCAAGCUGCCUAUGGCUUUUGCAUCUACAUGUCACUGUGGCUGCACCUGCCUCAAGCCAUGACGGAUUCCGACGAGUUCGAGUUACCGGACUUCCCGGACGUCCGCCUCCACCGCACACAGAUCUCCGCGUAUGCCAAGACGAUGACGCCCUCUGACCCCUGGCCCGUUUUCCUCCGAGAAGAGUGGGCACUGAGAUUUGGCACAGGUGGGCUGUUGGUAAACUCGGUGAGGGAGAUGGAACCCAAGGGCAUGGAGCGACUCCGCACCUUGUUUCCAGGGAGACCCAUCUGGAGCAUCGGCCCUGCGCUCCCUUCUGCCCUUCCAGUUCCAGCAACUGAGUCUUCAUCAUCACUCGCGAAGCGGCCGGGGAUUUCGCCAGAGGAUUGCACUAGAUGGCUUGAUCACCAUCCACCCGGCUCGGUUCUCUACAUGUCGUUCGGUUCGCAGAACACCAUCUCCGCGUCUCAGAUGAAAGCUUUGGCGAAGGGUUUGGCGGAGAGUGGGGUGGCUUUCAUAUGGGUGGUAAGGCCGCCGGUGGAGUUUAAGUUGGAGGAAGAGUUCAGAUCGUCGGAAUGGUUGCCGAAAGGGUUCGAGGAUAGGAUACGGGAGAAGAAGCGAGGAUUGGUGGUGAGGAACUGGGCUCCGCAGUUGACCAUCUUGGCCCACGAAUCAACGGGUGGGUUCUUGAGCCACUGCGGGUGGAACUCGGUGCUGGAGAGCCUGAGCCAUGGGGUGCCUCUCAUAGGGUGGCCUAUUGCGGCGGAGCAGUUCUACAACUCGAAGAUGAUGGAGGAGGAGAUGGGGGUGGGAGUGGAGCUGGCGAGGGGGAACCAGGCGGAAGUCAGGAAGGAAGAGGUGGUGAGGGUGGUGGCGUUGGCGAUGGGAGAGACGGAGAAGAGGGAGGAGAUGAGGAGAAAGGCCAGUGAAGUAAGAGAAGUGUUAAGAGGGGCGUGGAGGAAGCAGGUUGGUGACGGUGGUGGAGGCAACUGCGUCGGUUCAUCCUUUGCCGCCAUGAAUGAUUUCCUUGAAACUGCGUUUUCCAGGUGA